CUCAAACGUGCGUUGACGUUAGGACGGCUUUGCUGGGGAAAAACUCACGAAGACACCGGUAAGUAUCAUAUUACGGACAUUACUGUGACAGACUACUUUCCGAAGAUUUUUGGAAAAUAAUCGGUUGUGUCUCUGUGCUAUUUGUGCUAUACCUUGGCAGUCCUGACAUGGUGUUAUUUUCGUUUCAGGAUGCACAUAUUAUCAACUCGGGAUUGUUUUGAAUGCCAUGGGAGACUUCGAUCUUGGAUUACGGGAAUUGAAAAAAGCGUCGGAAAUCUUCAUAACCAUUCUAGGAAAAGACCACGAGGCAACAGCUCGAACCUAUCACCACAUGGGCGACUCUUGUGCGGGCAAGAACGACACGACUGGAGCUCUGGUGCAAUAUUCAAAAGCAUUUACAAUUCAGGUCUCGCAACUCGGACGACACAAUCCGCAGACGAUUGAAACCUUUCGGAAGUUGGAUCUUCAUAUGAGAAAACAGGAAUACUGAAAGAAUAGAUGACUUUGACUGUC